AUGGCAGAUACCGAUUACCCGGUUUCGAAUGCUCCCGUUCGGCCUUCCUUCGAGUCAUACACCUCGAGGUCAUCACUGGAUCCUCAAGCGCAAGCUGAACCGAACCGCAAGGGCUCGCAAGAUUCCGAUGACGCUCACACAUUUCUGACUGCCCAGGACGAUAGUGAGCAAGAGCACGUUACCGUUCACAGUCCGUCUAUCUCACAGCGCCCCGCGAUAUCCGGAGCCACCUCGCGUCGCGAUAUCUGGGGCUUCUGGGUCUAUUCAUUUGCUUCCGAGGUCUACGGAUUGGUCGUGCUCGGCUUGUUCGGCCCGGUGUUACUCGAAGCGUUUGCCAGAGAGCAUGGCGUCUUGGCCACAGAUCACAGCAUCCCUUGUCCGUCCGCAUCAAGUCCGGCACUCGCAGACUCACAGGCGGCCUGUGUCGUACAACUCGCGGGCACCUUUCUCGCGACCGCAAGCUUUUCCCUCCUCAUAGCCAGCCUGGGCGUGUUUCUUCAAGCUCUGACGGUUAUCUCUCUCGCACCGCUUGCUGACGAUCUCCGCUAUCGCAAGGGUCUCUUGACUCUUUUUGCAAUGACGGGGAGUCUGGCAGCACUGGCUUGGCUUGCUGUGCCUAUCGGAAGUCCCCUUGUUCUGGCCCCAGUGCUGUCCGUGCUCGGGUCCAUCUCUUAUUCAAGCUCUGGUACAAUCCUGAACAGCUACUUGCCGGGACUUGCACGCGGUCUGCCAGAGGUACAAGCUCUGAGGAAGGCUGCAGCUCCGGCGUUGCUCAAGCAGCACUCAUCGUCAUCGCAUAUGCAGAAGGAUAGCACAGACACGAACGCAUGUUAUCAGCAGCACGUUUCCGACAAGAUGUCCUACAUCUCUUCCAAAGGGAUAGCUUUCGGCAGCGCAGCAGGAAUCGCUCUCAUGGGCCUUUCGCUCUUGCCCAUCACAAUACUGAAAGGCUCAACGCUCGCCCUGAGAAUCGCGCUCGCUUCUGCCGGCGCUUGGUGGCUCAUCUUCAGUAUACCCGCUCUCCUGCUCAUACGACGACAGAUUAGUGGCCAGGACAGUCCCGUCACACACACCCUACUUGAAGGCUGGUCAAGCUUGGGCAAUAUGAUCAAAGAGCGACAUCGGCUCAAGAUGACAUUUCGCUUCCUGUUCGCCUGGUUCAUCUUGUCAGACAGUUACAGUACCAUCACUGCCGUGGCAAUCCUCUUUGCGCGCGUAGAGCUGCGUAUGCCGGCUUCAUCGAUCGUCUUUAUCGGUCUACUCGUGCCUGUCUUCGCAAUCGUCGGCGUCCUGCUUACCCCGGUCAUUCAGCGUUACUUCAACUAUUCGCAGCUCCGAAUGCUCACCGUGCUCGUCUUUCUGACGAGCUUGAUACCUCUGUACGGCUGCCUUGGCUUCGUGCCGGCUUCACCGCUGGGCAUCAAGUCAUCGAGCGAGAUGUUCGUCGUCUCGAGCGUUUUUGGGUUCCUCUAUGGCGGCUUCUCCUCAUAUUCGCGCGUCUGCUACGGAUCUCUCAUACCACGAGGACAGGAAUCGCGAUAUUUCAGUCUCUUUGCAAUCACCGACAAGAGCGCAGCUUUCAUUGGCCCGCUCUUAGUAGGUCUCCUUGCAAACGCGACUAGCUCUAUACGAUUCGCGUUUCCAUUCCUACUUUUCACGCUGCUGAGCGCGACUCCACUGUUGCUCUUCGCAGUCGAUAUGAGAGCCGGCACCGAGGCAGCCCACCUCUACGCUCAGCAGGAUGAUCUCAGCAAUCGACUCAAUAUGACGCAAAGGUAG